UUGACAAUAAAAAUGAUAAGAAAAAUUAUAAUAUUUGCUGUAAUUUAUACUACAGUGCAUAUAUUUCUUUUCAGAUAUCAAGGAAUGUGCAAGGAAGGCUUGUGGCUGUUAUGCAAAAUGUUACAACACCCCAGGUUCCUAUCGUUGCAGAUGUUAUAGCCCCGGCUAUCGAAUGUACAGAGGAAAAUGCGUUGACAUCAACGAGUGUUUAAAGAAGCCCUGUCCUUCUGAUGCCAAAUGUUACAACUACCCAGGAUCCUACUACUGUAAAUGUAAACGUGGUUACCGAUAUGAGAAUAACAAAUGUGUUGAUAUCAACGAGUGUAAAUAUAGAGGAAGAUGUGACCAAAUCUGUAUCAAUACUCUCGGAUCCUACUAUUGCCGCUGCUGGAAAGGUUUUCAAAUAUUUAAGAAUCGUUACUGCGUGGACAUCGACGAAUGUAGAUGCAACAAUGGUGGCUGUCCUUUUCCCUAUAGAUGUAUUAACAAGCCCGGGUCCCACUACUGUGAAUGCCCCUUCGGGUUUACAGGUAAAGGGAACUUCUGUCACCUUGUUGUACCAGAAAAUAAACUGAACUUUACUCUCCCAGACAAAAAAUCGAUUCUACCAAGAGUAACACUACCGCCUGGUCGUGCAGCUCCUGCAUCACCACCCAUAAAAUAGACGAAUUGGCCAUAAAUGGAUUCUUCCCAUUGUCCUCAAUCGAGUCUGACAUGGAAUCUAAAAAAACGUCUACAGCAACAACUAUCACAACUAUAUUACAUAACAUAAUGGAGUCCUAGAUACACAUAUCCCUACCUGAUAAUAAAACACAUAACACCCUAAUCGGAUAAUUUUUAUAUCACGUGACCUCUACACUAGACAAUCUUCAUGCAAGAUCACGUGAUGACGAUCUCACAAACUCAC